GUCCUUCCCCCUCUGAUUGUCUCUCUCAGCGUCGUCUGGUUUUCUCCCGUCUGUUCUCCGGUCCGGCCCCCCCCCACACGAUGAGGCCUCCGCCACCCCCCUGCCUCCCCCUCCCCCCCCUCCAGACGGGGGGUGAGGACCCCUCCUCCCUCCUCUCUCUGAUGGGGGAGGUUCUGCAGGGCGUCUUCCCCUCGGUGGGGGAGGCUCUGAGCGCUCUCUCCCUCUCCUCCCCCCCCCGCCUGCAGGAGACCCUCUUUGGAGGGAGGUUCCUGCAGAACAUCAGUGGGGGCGUGGGGGUGGGAGGAGUGGUGGUGGGGGAGGGACUCUCCCCCCUGAACCGGCGGAGAGUCCAGACCGUCAUCAGAGCUCUGAAGGACCCCAACUUCCUGUCCAACCUGCAGGAGGUCCUGAGGAGCAGCAGCCAAUCAGAGGCCUCCCUGCAGCAGGUGUUGUCUCCUGUGCUGCGCUCCUGCUCCAGAGGCUCGUCAGCCCGCUUCGUGCCGCGCUGCUCCCCCGGUGGAGACUCCGUGCCGCGCUGCUCCCCCGGUGGAGACUCCCUGCCGCGCUGCUCCCCCGGUGGAGACUCCGUGCCGCGCUGCUCCCCCGGUGGAGACUUCGUGCCGCUGCAGUGUGGGGGGGGGAGAGCCAUCAGUGCCGGACCAGCAGGGGGCGCUGUCACCUGUCCAGAGGGAGCGACCCAGGAGCCUCCGUCCUCUGAAGGUCGCUGCUCUCGGGCGCUCGAUGAUGUCACGGCGUUCAGACAGGAAGUGCAGAGCAUCAUCACCCUCUCUAACUCCUCCCACCUGCCUCUGGGAUAUGGCUUCCUAUUGGCCCACGGCCUGCAGCUGACCCCGGAGGAGCUGCAGACCGGCCAAUCAGAGGAGGAGCUGCUGGUCUCUGAGAGGCUGCUGAGCCGAUCCGACGCCGCUCUGCGAUUGGCUGCUUUCUCCACGCUCCAGAUGCUGCUGCCUCCUCUCCGUCGCUCCUACCAGCUGUUCAGUCCUCAGUGUGACUCUGACGGAGACUGGCUGCACACACAGUGCCACCACAGCACAGGUCAGUGUUGGUGUGUUGAUGAAGAUGGAGAGUACAUCGCCGACUCUCUGACCAGCCGCUCUCUCCACCUGCCCAAAUGUCUGACUCGCUGUCAGAGGGCUCAGGCUCACUCUCUGCUCUCUGGUUGGAUGAAAGGAUCCUCAGCUUCAGCUUACCAACCAACCUGUGAGGAGGACGGUGGUUUCUCCGUGCUGCAGAAAGGAGGCGCUGACGGAUGGUGUGUGAACCCUCGGACCGGGGAGACGCUGCAGACGGCAACACAGAGCGCCACAGGACAACUGACAUGUCCCAGCUGGUGUGAGCUGCAGGGCUCUCAGUGUCGCCCCGACGGAUCCUUCAUCCCGUUGCAGUGUGAUGUCACUUCCUGUUGGUGUGUCUCUGAGGACGGACAGGAAGUGGGCGGGACCCGAACUUCUCGACAGACAGGGCGGACGCCGUCAUGUGACCGUCCUCUCUGUCCAAACUCCAUUACCCAUGGUGCACUGCUGUGCCGCCCGGCAGCUGAGGGUCGGCAGAGCUGUGACCUCGUCUGUCACCGUGGUUACCAGAACUCACUUCCUGUCGGCAGCUUCCUGUGUGAUAGCGAGGGUCAGCGAUGGACCGGAGACCCCCCUCUGAGCGGAGCCUGUCAAAUCCCUCAGCCUCUCCUCUCAGUCUCCUCCUCUCAGCUCUGGCUCUUGUCGUCGUCCUGCUCUCAGAUCAGCCGUCUGAAACCCCUGCUGUUCACCAUGAUGACCAGCAGGGGGCUCUGCUCUGCACAGCUCCCGUUGUCCUCGGUGUCUCUGUGUGACGGCUCCUCGGUGCGUCUGCAGUGUGUCGGAGACGACGCCAUGAGGUUGACCUUCAGAUGGAGCUCCACCCUCUCUGACCUCCCGACCUCUGACUUCCCCGACCUGCACCACGCCGGCCUGUUUCUGAACGAGUCCAGGCUUCUGGAGGGCGUUCAGCGGCUUCUGGGUAAUAUCCGGUCCAUGUUUACAUCAGAACCAAAACUGAUUUCCAUGACAACACCGAGCUACGGCUGUUCCCACGGUUACCGCCUGGCCAAUGACAGUGAAGGCUGCGUCGUUUGUCCUGCUGGGAGUUUCUCCAGUGAGGGGGCGUGUCUUCAGUGUCCUCAGGGAACCUAUCAGGAUGAAGAGGGGCGGGACUUCUGCAACAAAUGUCCCAGAGGCUCCUCCCCAUCUGGAUCAUCAUCUGUCAGCCAAUGUGUGACUGAGUGUCAGAGGCGGGGCCUGCGGUGUUCAGAUCGAGGUGACUUCCUGUCUGCACAGCCUGACUUCCUGUCAGGCAGGUGGAGGUGUGUCAGCAGUGAGGGGGCGGAGCUUCAGUGGACCAAUAGGGAGGAGCCUCUGACUGACGACCAGUGCUCAGAUCUCCUCAGGUUUCAGGCUGUCUCUGGAUCAGAUCUGAUAGUUGGAGCUGAAGAUGCUGAAGUCCUGAAAACAAUGACCUCUGACCUCACAUCCUGCAUGCAAGCUUGUGCAGCGGAGCCGACCUGCCACCAUGUGGCGCUGUUCAACACACAGACUCAGUGUGAACUGUACAGCACACACACUCUGAACACACAUUGCAACACCUCCGCGCAGACCCAGGGGUUUCUGGGUAAUCCUGAGGCAGAGCUCUUUGAUUGGCUGAGCUGCUCCCUGAGAGUGAGGGGCGGGGCUUCAGACCUGCUUGUCUUCAGGAAGAAAG